AUGUCGCCCUCGGCUCUCCCAGCUUCCAAAACUUACAACAUUGCCUCGAUCCCGGCCGACGGUAUCGGCCCGGAGGUGGUGGAUGCGGCUAUUGCAGUCCUCAAGACUCUGUCUGAAACUUUGGGAUCCUUUGAUAUCGACUUUACUCACUACGACUGGUCUUCUGAAACAUACAAGAAGACGGGCAAGUACAUUCCCGAUGGCGGUCUCGAGCAACUGAAGAAGCACGAUGCCAUCCUUUUCGGCGCUGUGGGCGCACCAGACGUUCCCGACCACAUUUCCCUCUGGGGUCUCAGACUGGCCAUUUGCCAGCCAUUCCAGCAGUAUGCCAACGUGCGACCCACCAAGGUCUUUCGCGGCACCCAGUCGCCGCUGCGCAACUGCAAGCCCGGCGAGCUGGACUGGGUCAUUAUCCGCGAGAACAGCGAGGGCGAGUACGCCGGCCAGGGCGGACGGUCCCACCGCGGCCAGGCCUGGGAGACGGCGACCGAGGUGUCCAUCUUCACCCGGCACGCGGUGGAGCGCAUCAUCCGCUUCGCCUUUGAGACGGCGCAGAAGCGCCCGCGCAAGCUCCUGACCGUGGUCACCAAGAGCAACGCCCAGCGCAACGGCAUGGUGCUCUGGGACGAGGUCGCCGCCGAGGUCGCCAAGGACUUCCCCGACGUGACCCAGGACAAGAUGCUCGUCGACGCCAUGACGUGCCGCAUGGUCCUCCAGCCCCAGUCCCUCGACACCAUUGUCGCCACCAACUUGCACGCCGAUAUCCUGUCCGAUCUUGCCGCUGCGCUGGCUGGCUCCAUUGGCAUCGCUCCGACGUCAAACUUGGACCCCACGCGCCAGAACCCCAGCAUGUUUGAGCCCAUCCACGGAUCGGCCUUUGACAUUACCGGCAAGGGUGUGGCCAACCCCGUGGCUACCUUCUGGACGAGCGCUGAGAUGCUCGAGUGGCUCGGUGAAGCAGAUGCGGCCAAGAAGCUCCUAGACGCCACUGAGCGGGUAUGUGAGAAGGGUGUCGUUACGGCCGACUUGGGCGGCACAGCAAAGACGGUUGACGUGACGAACGCCGUCAUUGAAGAGAUUAAGAGCUCUUACGGCAAGAGCAAAUAA